AGUUAGGCUGGUGAAUAGACUUUAAAAAACUUCCUUUAUCAACCGACAUUUCUCUUUUUUUAAAGAUUUCAACUUUUCGAAAUUUACGACGGUAGGUUCUUAUUUAGUAGCCUUUUUUCUUAACAAAAGAUAAAUUUAGCCCAUUGACCACAAUUCUAAGUUGUAAAAUUUAGAAGCAAAAAGGGAAUAGAUAGGAUUUUUUAACAUUUUAUUUACUUAGAAUCUAUAGUAUAUCAUUACUGUAAUUAUGUAAAAUCAUUGAAGCGUUUAUUAUAAAUUCACUUUAUAGUUUAAACUGUCGAUAUGUGAAUAAAUUAAAAUAAUUAGCUAUUGAAACUAUAACUAUAAAAUGCUAUCUUUAUAAAAGACUAAACUAUCCUUUCUUUUAAUAGUUUUUAUACGUAAUAGGUAAAAUGGUGAAUCAAUAAACAUGACCUAUUAUUGAAACAUCUUUUAUAUUUAUUUUAAUACUAUACAGUAUAUUCAGUAUUCUCACAAAGUAUUGGUAAACUAAAAUUUAUAUGACAAAACUAUACUUCUUCUAUUAGAUUAAAUACUUAAUAGAUGGAAUGAAUUAUUAUUUUUAAUGUCGAAUUCUUUUAGUUAUGUCUGAAGCUUUGGAUAAUUUACUCGAGGAUGAAAAAGAUUGGAAAAAUUUAAUAGAAGAUAAUUUUGCGAUUAUUACGGAAAUUCUUAGACCGGACGAUGUUGCUAAUUGGUUAAGGCAAGAAAAGAUUCUACGUCAGGCAAACUUUGAAGAUGUCACAAAUCCACAUAGCAACAAUAAAAAAAGAGCACAAAUACUACUCGAUAUUGUUUUGUCUCGAAGUAGUCAUGGAAUAAAGAAAUUUUUAACUAUUAUUAGCUAUGAAUAUCCAGUACUCUUUACUAAAAUCACUGGUUUAGAACCUUUUGAUCUUCCUGACGAUUACACUCCAAAGAGGUUAUCAACUUACGCAACAAAUGUUUGCAAAAAAUCUCUUAAAACGGCUAUUAAUAAAUAUCAACUAGCCCAUGUUGAACUGGAUACAGCCUUAAAACUUGAGUUAAAUAAAUUACUUCAAGGAGGAGAUUCACGUCUGACUGAAUUGAGGUUUAAAAUUGACGAACUUCAAGAACAAUCUGACUUUUAUAAAGAGAAAUAUAGUAAAGCAAUUUGUCAGAGCACUGAGUUAAAAGCUGAAAAUGAGAAGCUAAAAAGAUAUCUUCAACAAUAUGAAGCAGAUUUUAAUUCAAACGACAACUCUCAUCCCGUCUCCUUACGUCAAAAUAAUGCUUCAUCAUCCUCACUAUCUGGUCGAAUGGGAAUAAUUGUCGAGAAUGAAAUCAUUGGAAGUUCAAGUAAUAUUAAUCACAGCUCCCUAAAUCAAGUAUUUGAAUUAGCAUCUUCCAAAAGACUUGAAGAGACAGAACGAGAAUUAAAAGAUAAAAUAAAUGCAAUGGAAUACUGGAAGGAGCAAGCAUUGUAUCAUAAAGAUAGAUUUGAAAAGAUAUAUGAAUUAUUAAAAGAUCCCAGAAUGCCAUAA